AGUAAUGGCCUGCGGGCCUCGAUCAGGCCUAAAAAUCCGUGUAUUAUUACAAUGUCUGUGAGUUACAUUGGGGCUUGCUUCGUUUGAUACAAAAAAUAAGGAACUAAAUAUCACCGCGGUUCAUCAGAGUAAAAUUUGUAGUUUACGCGACAAUACGCCCACCUUUCUUUUAUAUAAACACAGAUUCAGGCCGCUACAUCGUAUUAAAAAUAUAUAUACUGUGUGCUCCAACAGGAUACGUGCUAUUUUGCUGUCGGCUGGAAAACGUGUAGCAUGUACCGAUAAUGAUACAAUGAUUUCCUGUGUGAGGCUAGCUGGCGUGAUUCAUUUCUGAAUCAUUGUGUAUUAAUGUUCGCUUUUCGUUUCUUUUGGCGUUGUAAUUGUGAUCUCCCGGCCUGUCCCUGCAAUUCAGACGGUAAUGAGAGCGACUCGCUGCCUGCAGCACCCGGGAAGUGAACGGCAGGCGACCCGGAAGGUCUGAAUUCAGACUGAAGACGGGCUGAAAGAACAUCUCAACCUUUUUAAUAUAUAUAUUCAAAGGAUAAUAUCUGCAAUCGGAGAAAGCAGCAUGGCGGAGUCUCGGUUUAAUAACCCCUACUUCUGGCCUCCACCUCCCAGCAUGCCCAGCCAGCUGGAUAACCUGGUGCUGAUCAACAAAAUCAAAGAGCAGCUGAUGGCUGAGAAGAUCCGGCCUCCGCACCUGCCCCCCACUUCUGUCCCUUCCCAGCAGCCCUUGCUGGUGCCCCCAUCCCCAUCAGAAGGUGGGCAGCACAUGAUGUCCAUCCCCAAGCUGCAGCAGGUCCACGGGCUCCACUCUCAUGGGCCCUCGCAGCCGGACAUCGCCCUACACGCCCGGCCGGCCUCUAGUACUGUCUCAGGCCUUUUUCUUGGUGAUGUAAACUUUAAUCUGGAUGAUAAGACAUCUGUAAAAGCUAAAGGAUUGUGGGAGGACUGGCAUUUGCGUCAAAUCAUAGACCAACCUACUAGAAUGAACCAUCUAUCAGGGCUGACCCUCUCCUCCCGCUGCGGCGGCCUGAACACCUCAGAGGCCAUCACCCCGACCACGCCCACCUCCAGCAGCCAGAGCCGACUGGGCGGGGCCUCCUCACCCAACCUCAUCUCCGGAUUGGCCAGUGGCCCAGGCCUGGAGCCAAUCAAGAGCGGCGGCCUGUCAGGGCUGCUGGGAGCUCCUCCCAAACCGGAGCGCGGCCGCAAGAAGAUCAAAGCAGAGAAUUCGUCCGGCCCCCUGCUGGUGGUGCCCUACCCUAUCCUGGCUUCGGGAAACGACCAGUCCACUGUCACCAUCGCCUCCAAAGAGGGGAAAACGUACAGGUGUAAAGUGUGCCCGCUGACCUUCUUCACCAAGUCGGAUAUGCAGAUGCACUCCAAGUCACACACAGAGGCCAAACCCCACAAGUGCCCGCACUGCUCCAAGUCCUUCGCCAACGCCUCCUACCUGGCACAGCACCUGCGCAUUCACCUGGGCGUCAAGCCCUACCACUGCUCUUACUGCGAGAAGUCCUUCCGCCAGCUCUCUCACCUGCAGCAGCACACAAGGAUUCACACUGGAGACCGGCCAUAUAAAUGCGCUCAUCCUAGCUGUGAAAAAGCUUUCACUCAGCUCUCCAACCUACAGUCUCAUCAGAGACAACACAACAAAGACAAGCCGUACAAGUGUCCCAACUGCUACCGAGCUUACUCAGACUCAGCCUCGCUGCAGAUCCACCUGUCUGCACAUGCCAUCAAGAAUGCCAAGGCUUACUGCUGCAGCAUGUGCGGCCGCGCCUACACCUCCGAGACCUACCUAAUGAAGCACAUGUCCAAACACACAGUGGUGGAGCACCUGGUCAACCAUCACUCCCCUCCGAGGACGGAGUCUCCCAGCAUCCCCAUCCGCAUCUCCCUCAUUUAGAAGCGCCAGGAACCGCAGCCACGAGCCCAGGUCCUCGGUCAAGCGCUCGCUUCAUUAGGAGAACCAAUCACCAGUCGCUGUUUUCAAGUUUGGGGUCCUGAAAGAUGUGCCAGACUGUAUUUGUAUUUUAACAAAAAAAGAAAAAAAAUAUAUCUUUUAAAAAUUAUUUGGGGGACAUCCAAAGACAUUUUUUAGAGCACUUUCAGGCCUAUAAUAA